UUCUAUUUCUAUUCUACUUUUAAUAUGUCACUAGUCAAGACAGCAAGACACUAGGACUACUGUGUACAAGAGAACUGAAGAUAAUUAUAAUCUUAGAAUGAAGUCCUCCAGAGCAUUUUUCAGUGAAGUUUGUAGCAAGUUUGAUGUAAUGCCAUUUUCAUUGAGAUCUUUUGAAGAGGAAGGAAAGGCAAGAAUGGGCGUGGUCGAAUGCACUAAUCAUAAUUUAUUGGAACCAUUUCAUGUACUAUAUGAAAAAGAAGGAGAAUUUGUAGCUCAAUUCAAGUUUACUGUAUUGCUGAUGCCAAAUGGACCUUUAAAAAUAACUAAUACAUUAUUUGAUCCAUCAGUGAUUGAGAGCACCAAUAAAUUAGAGGAUGCAGAACUAAAGACAUUAUUAGCAACAUCAGUGUCAAAGAAAGCUAAGAAGAAGAAGAAGAAGGCUGGAAAGUCGUCAGCAGCCACAGAUGAAGCCGAGACAGGAACAAAUGAUGACUGAGAAUAAGUUUAAUUGAUUUAUUUAUAGAUUAAUUAUUGUUUCCUCUACUUGUUACAAAGAUAAUUUAUUUUGUUAAUACCAAUCGUGUGCUAACAUA